UGGACUAACGGUCGAAUCAAUCGGUAAAACAGCACAGGAUCGUCUCAAAUUACUGCUUCCUGUUCGUGCCUCGUUCGUUGAAUCACGUUAUACAAGUUUCUAACGAUAAUCCGUUAAAAAUGCCAUUUGUUUACGGUAUAUGCGAAACGCCCGGUUGCAAUAAUGUGGCCAGUCUUCGGUGUCCAACUUGUUUGAAAAUUGGUAUACAAGGUUCUUAUUUCUGCACCCAGGAUUGUUUCAAAAGUGGUUGGAAAAUACAUAAAAUUAUCCACAAAAUAGCGAGAAGAACAGGUGGAGAUACAUCUAAUGAAUAUAAUCCAUGGCCCUAUUAUCAUUAUACUGGACAAUUAAGACCUUAUAAAAAAGAACCUCGUCGAGAAGUACCUGAAAGUAUUAAACGUCCAGAUUAUGCUACACAUCCAACUGGUAUUCCUAUAAGUGAACAAGCUGUUCGAGAUUAUGCCCAGAUAAAAGUUCUUGAUGACGAGGAAAUUGAGGGUAUGCGGGUAGCUUGUAAGCUUGGACGUGAAGUGUUAGAUGAGGCAGCACGUACCUGUGAUGUGGGUGUUACAACUGCUGAGAUUGACAAAGCUGUUCACGAAGCUUGUAUCGAGAGGGACUGCUAUCCAUCCCCCUUGAAUUAUUAUCAGUUCCCAGCUAGUUGUUGCACUUCCGUGAAUGAAGUAAUUUGUCAUGGUAUUCCCGAUACCAGACCACUUCAAGAUGGAGAUAUUUGCAAUGUUGAUGUAACCGUGUAUCAUAAUGGUUUUCACGGUGACUUAAAUGAAACGUUUCUAGUCGGUAAUGUGAAACCAGAAGUAAAGAAAUUAGUGGAAGUUACUUAUGAAUGUUUAGCGAAAGCUAUCGAUAUCGUUCGACCAGGUGAAAAAUACAGAGAAAUUGGAAAUGUUAUUCAAAAAUAUGCGCAAGCCCAUGGGUGUAGCGUAGUGCGCAGCUAUUGUGGUCACGGAAUUCAUCGUUUAUUCCAUACUGCGCCAAGUGUACCUCAUUAUGCCAAAAAUAAAGCUGUAGGCGUUAUGAAACCAGGGCAUUGCUUUACUAUAGAACCAAUGAUAUCCCUGGGCACGUGGAGAGACGAAACAUGGCCAGAUAAAUGGACAGCGGUCACUGCAGACGGUCAAUGGUCAGCACAGUUCGAGCAUACGCUGUUAGUUACAGAAACUGGCUGCGAUAUUCUCACAAAACGGCUCACCGACGACGGUAAACCGUGGUUUAUGGAUCGAUCAUAGUAAUAUUUCCUUAUAAAUUAUCGUCGGGUUAUGACAUUUUAAAUUUCGUGGAUAUGCAAGCAUUGUACUGCUUAAAUACCCUUAUUUCUGUUCGAGUGAGAUUUCGUUUCUCAAGAUUCACUUUCACUUACACGCAAGCGACGAUAAUGGCAUUGGCCAGCUGAUAGUCGUAUCCUGUAAGAUAUUUUUUAUUGAAUACUUGUUUCAUUGGCUAGUUUUAUAAGGCGGAGGAAAGAAGGAGGUAAAAACUUGUGAUCCUUGAUGAAUAAAAUCUCGUUAGAUGUUUUCGUUUGUACCUAACCCAGAAUGGCUCCUAUACCAUAUAGAAUUACCUCGUUGAUACAUAUGUACAUAUAUAAGUGUAACACAAAUUGGUGAUGCGC